AUGACGCCGUUCGAGACUCUCAAGCGUCUGGUUUCGAACCUGGGCCGCUUCAACGAGGCGUACCGUCGCAACAACGCAAACGACCUGCUCACCGUCGAGAAAAUCAUUUAUCUCGAGGAGCUCGGCGGGAUCCCGUCGCUGGAGCGGUUCCAGUCCAGUCACGUGUACAUCAACCUGCUGCAGGAGUACGACGACAUCGUCUCGGAGCUAUAUAUCGGCCAUCUGGACUCGGCCGCUAGAGACGUGCACGUGCAGAACCUCACCGAGAUGAACCAGCUGCUGGCGAUCCAGCCGGCGGCCACGGGGCUCAUCACGACGCCCGCGAUCGCCACGCUGCGCCACGGCACGCGCACCACCAACCCGAUCAUCUACAACGUUCUCACAGACCGCCCGACCAUCUCGUCGUCGCUGCCGGUGAACCUGAAAAAGACGCCGCAGCUCAACACCACGGUAAUCCGGCGCGGCACGCCGCUCACGAUCCACCUCUCGGACGACCAGCCGGACGGCAGGGGCAUCGAUUUGCUGGAGUUCGACCGACAGAAAAUCGUCGACCUGAAUAAAUUAACUCAUCUUAUAAACGACUCUGCUGCGCAAACUGCAAGGUAUCCCCGGCAUAGCAGACAUCGUGUUCAAGUCGCUGCUGCUCACAUACUCCGACGAGCUGCUGUGGCGCUCCCGGAAGAACAACCCGGUCAACAAAUGGUAUUUCGACCGGUCCACCAGCAAUUACUGCAUUCCCAACACCAACUGGAGAUUAUUUUUUAG